UAGAGAGGGAGCGGGCUGCGGUCCUGUUGAGCCCGGGCCCCAAGUGGCUGGGGGCGGGAAAACGGGCUUGUCUGGCCCGCGGAGGACUCGACUCGCUGGUGCGCCCUCUCCGACCCAAGCGUCCCGCCUGACUACCUACCCUGCGCCUGGAGCUGGAAACUGGCCGGCUGUGUGCAUCCCGAGAUCUGAAUCGCUGUCAACGUUACAUCUAGGCGCUUUGGGGAGAGUUAAGCAGAGACCUCAAAGAAGUCAUUUGGAAACAUCUCUAAAUAUUUGUAACGGUAUAAGCAGCUAAAGAGAAAUGGACCCAAACGAAACUGCAUACAUAACUGAGACAGGCUUAUGAUCCUGUCUUCACUUCCAAGCAGAAGCUGAGGAGUCUUCCUUCUAAUUGAAGGAUUGCUGGAGGAUGACUUUUCAAUUUAAUUUCACUGUAGAAGGCCUGCUGGACAAUGAAUCAACAGCCCUUGGAGAUGGAGCUUUGACCCUGAACUCAAAAGAGGCUUCAGUCUCAGAAAGUCAGAAAGGCAAACACAGGGACACAGGCUGUUCUAGAGAACAGUGGGACUGCCCUCGGGACCCCUUGGGGACCCCUGAGUCAGCAGGAAAUGCAGCCCCCUCUCAGGACCCAGACAGCUCCCUCGAUGCAGCCAACAGCUCAGGUAACUUGGAGCCUCACGGAAAACAGCCUUGCUUGAGACUUGCCAGAGAGCAUGCCGUGCCUGAAAAUGUAAAGGAAGUGAUAGAAAAUAAAGUCUUAGAAACGUUACCAGGUCUCCAGCAGGUUAACAUGUCGGUGGUGAAAACCAUCUUGUUGAAAGAGAACUUCCCUGGAGAAAACAUCGUUUCAAAAAGCUUUUCUUCUGACUCUGAUCUGAUCACCGGUGUUUACGAAGGGGGCUUAAAAAUCUGGGAAUGUACCUUUGACCUCCUGGCUUAUUUCACAAAGGCCCAAGUGAAAUUUGCGGGGAAAAAAGUGUUGGAUCUGGGCUGUGGCUCAGGGUUGCUGGGUAUAACUGCCCUCAAGGGAGGGGCCAAAGAAGUUCAUUUUCAAGAUUAUAACAGUAUGGUGAUCGAUGAAGUAACCAUACCUAAUGCAGCAGCUAACUCCGCUUCGGAGGAUGAAGAAAGUGAUGGAGACCAACCAGAUGGGAAAAGGUGCAAGAGAUCAAGAGCAGCACAAGGGCUCUGUAAGUGCCGAUUCUUCUCCGGAGAGUGGUCUGAGUUUUGUGAGCUGGUACUAACCAGGGGAAGAGUCUUUGACAGAUACGAUCUCAUUCUUACCUCAGAAACCAUUUACAAUCCGGAUUACUAUGGUUCUUUGCACCAGACGUUCCGUAGGCUGUUACAUAAAAACGGGCGAGUGCUUUUGGCCAGCAAAGCACAUUAUUUCGGUGUAGGAGGAGGUAUUCAUCUCUUUCAGAAGUUUGUAGAAGAAAGGAAUGUAUUCGAGACUAGAACACUUGAAGUAAUUGAUGAGGGACUGAAAAGAUUCCUAAUUGAAAUGACUUUUAAGUACCCCAGUUAAUGUCCACAGAGGGAUAUUAACUGAGGGAAAUAAAAUAACCAAAAACUUGUCUUGAA